AUGGAAUGCCGUCACAACAUACACAUGGAAUGCCAUCACAGCAGCACAUGGAAUGCCAUCACAACAUACACAUGGAAUACCAUCACAACAUACACAUGGAAUGCCGUCACAACAUACACAUGGAAUGCCAUCACAACAUACACAUGGAAUGCCAUCACAGCAUACACAUGGAAUGCCAACACAGCAUACACAUGGAAUACCAUCACAACAUACACAUGGAAUACCAUCACAGCAUACACAUGGAAUACCAUCACAACAUACACAUGGAAUGCCAUCACAGCAUACACAUGGAAUGCCAUCACAACAUACACAUGGAAUGCCAUCACAACAUACACAUGGAAUGCCAUCACAGCAUACACAUGGAAUGCCAACACAGCAUACACAUGGAAUGCCAACACAGCAUACACAUGGAAUGCCAACACAGCAUACACAUGGAAUGCCAUCACAACAUACACAUGGAAUGCCAUCACAACAUACACAUGGAAUGCCAUCACAGCAUACACAUGGAAUGCCAACACAGCAUACACAUGGAAUGCCAACACAGCAUACACAUGGAAUGCCAACACAGCAUACACAUGGAAUGCCAUCACAACAUACACAUGGAAUGCCAUCACAACAAACACAUGGAAUACCAUCACAACAAACACAUGGAAUGCCAUCACAACAUACACAUGGAAUGCCAUCACAACAUACACAAGGAAUGCCGUCACAACAUACACAUGGAAGGCCAUCACAGCAUACACAUGGAAUGCCAUCACAACAUACACAUGGAAUGCCAUCACAGCAUACACAUGGAAUGCCAUCACAACAUACACAUGGAAUGCCGUCACAACAUACACAUGGAAUGCCAUCACAGCAUACACAUGGAAUGCCGUCACACCAUACACAUGGAAUGCCAUCACAACAUACACAUGGAAUGCCAUCACAGCAUACACAUGGAAUGCCAACACAGCAUACACAUGGAAUACCAUCACAACAUACACAUGGAAUACCAUCACAGCAUACACAUGGAAUACCAUCACAACAUACACAUGGAAUGCCAUCACAGCAUACACAUGGAAUGCCAUCACAACAUACACAUGGAAUGCCAUCACAACAUACACAUGGAAUGCCAUCACAACAUACACAUGGAAUGCCAUCACAACAUACACAUGGAAUGCCAUCACAGCAUACACAUGGAAUACCAUCACAACAUACACAUGGAAUGCCAUCACAACAUACACAUGGAAUGCCAUCACAGCAGCACAUGGAAUGCCAUCACAACAUACACAUGGAAUGCCAUCACAGCAGCACAUGGAAUGCCAUCACAACAUACACAUGGAAUGCCAUCACAGCAGCACAUGGAAUACCAUCACAACAUACACAUGGAAUGCCAUCACAGCAGCACAUGGAAUGCCAUCACAACAUACACAUGGAAUGCCAUCACAACAUACACAUGGAAUACCAUCACAGCAGCACAUGGAAUACCAUCACAACAUACACAUGGAAUGCCAUCACAGCAGCACACGGAAUACCAUCACAACAUACACAUGGAAUGCCAUCACAGCAUACACGUGA